UCAUCUGGCUGAACGAUCUCGCCACUCACCACGUGCUAGGAUGAUCGGCACAUCGUCGGGACGUCGGUCCGAUGACAUGCCGAGCAGUCAUUCCUCGUCGACAUAACCGACACCAAUGUCGCGGAGUCACAAUACAAUCCCAACACCACGAUGCGCUAUGCCCCUCUCCGACGCAUAAUAACCUCACACGCCUCCUCCGGCAAUGGCGCACACGUUGCACUCCACGACACGUCGGUUCCCCUCAAUCCCGCCUUGGACGGCCAAGCGGGUCUAGCCCCGCUCUUCGCGACUCUCGAUCUGCCUGUCCACACCCCUGCCACUCUCUCUGACCAAGAUGUCAAGGAGGCCGAGGCACUGGUACCCAGCGUGGUCACUCCAGGCGGCGUCAACGCGCAGGUCACGGAGCUGGCGCCGGGCUUCCGUGUGGGCAUGCACCGCACCAACAGCCUCGACUACAACGUCUUCGUGGCGGGGAGUGCGUGGUUGAUCACCCCCAAGGGCGAUGGAGAUGGCGAGAAGGAAGAACGGACGCUCGUGAAAGCUGGCGAGGUCGUGGUGCAGAGGGGGACGCUACAUGCCUGGGAGGCCACGGAGGAAGGAGCGAGAUGGGUUACGGUCGUCGUGGCGGCGCUUCCAGUCACGAUCGCGGGGCGGGAGCUGGAAGAGGUCAUGUUCUGGUGAGUUGACGAGUUGUAAGGGUGCGCGCGGCGUAGAGACGGGCAUGGGAGAACAGAUUGGGAUCCCAUCCACUCUCAAUGUUCCCUAGUCUUGUGAUCUCCAACCGCGGACGGCCUACAUGCCGCCAGAUUCCGAUGUGAUGGGCGCAAUCUCACGAUGGGGAACAUGGACAACUCUGCGUUCGCUAACGAUUCAGAAGGCGUCAGUGUCCCCUCUCCACAUGGAGGGUGCGGCGGCGCGGCGGGGGACCAGGCAUCAGGAGACCCGCAACUCUGUGCCGACAACCCAUUGGGCGCCU